UAUUUGAAUCAGCAAAUUUUUAAAAUCCGAGAAAUAGACGGAACGCCUCGCACGUCUAAGCUAGUGUCACGCUAGGGAUGGCACUGGACGAGCCGAAGGUGGCACCGGAGGGUGACCAGCAGCAGCAACUGGACAGCAAUGGAACGAACGAGAAACGAGACGAAGCUCCCGACUACUACAAACGACCCAAGUUCAAGCGAAACAUCAUCCCGUUCGAUACGGAGGAUUUGACCGUGCGCGUAAUCCGGGAACGUUUUCUCGUCCCGAACCAGGUGUCCGAGGGCAGCCCGGCCCAGAAGGCGGGCCUCAAGCUGGGUGAUCAGAUCCUGCAGAUCAACGGUGCCGAUGCUUCGGCCAUGCGUCUCGCCACGGCCCAAUCCGUCAUCAAACAGGCUGGCGAACAGCUGCAGAUGAUCGUUGCACAAGACGACGAGAAAAAUCGAAAAGCUGAAGAGCAAGGUCAACCGAAGGAAACACGCGAGGUCAAGUUCGUAGGUAAUGAGCAGCAGCCGGCGACCGAUGUCACUAACAAACCCGCUCCCGAACCUAAAACCGACGAACGUGAAAAUUGGACGCAACCCCCGGAGCGCAAGGUAUGGCAUCCGAUCGUAUGGCAGCAGCCACCACCCCCAAUACCGCCGGAUCUAUACGGCAAGGAUGCACCGCAUCAGCAGCUGAUCGCGAACAUUCGCCGAUUGCUGUCGGAGACGCGCAAAAAGCCGGAAGAGCAACAAAAAUACAUCGAGCGUAUGAUGCUUUCGCUACCGACCGGUUCCCGGCGGGACGAGGACGAAGAGGAACAGCCACCACCGGCUCCGAAACCAAAGAAGAAGAAGAAGAAGAACAAGGGCAAGGUCGGUGUGAAGGCAGCACCGCGGACACGCCUGGAUAGCGAAACGUCGGAGGAUGGGUCCGUGUCGGAGGCGGCUCCCGCUGUGGAACCUGCCGAACCGAUUCCGGAGGAAGUUAGUGCCGAGGCUUAGAAAGGGAAUGGUUCCCUUCAAGCCACACACACACACACGCACGCACAGGGCGCACUUACUGUUAGGGAGUAAAUAACAGACUAUCUCAGAUUUUCCAGCAAAGAUCGUAGGGAGCGUAUUAAACGAAAACGAAACAUGAUUUGUUAAAGCUUGUUGUUCUCUUUGAUCAAUGUACUUAACCUCGAUUUGUUCCGAUGUUGAAUAAAAUCGUUCUUUUUUUUCCUAU